AAAGGUACAGCUGACCCUUAGUCUCUGCCUUAGUCUGUACCUUAGUCUUUACAACAUGGCAGUGAUGAAUUUCUUAACCACUGACUUGAGAGAGCUGACUGGGAAGGCUGUAGCGUGUUUCAUAGCAAUUGGUUGAGAUUGAUGGUAGAUUUAACGUUUAGAAAAAACCUAAUUCAAUCACAGCAUCUCUGGAAGACUUUCAGUUAGUUAGCUCUAAAGCUAGCCCCAUAACUGAGGAACUAGAAGAAGCCAAGUACAAGGAUGUAGCCUAUGAGCACAUGCACUUGUACCUUACUGCAUACGCACAGGAUGAUGAAGGAAACUGGCUAACUGAUUGACAGAUCAAUUGGAACAAAGAUAUUUCCUAUCUGUUGGGGUAAAAGCAAGAAGCCCAACCAGAAACACUUGAGAUACAGCACUUGGAAGAGGAUUAGCUGGGAUACAGUGUUUGGCAGGGAAGAGCUGAGAUACAACAGAGAAUACUACUUGGCAACACAGUAACACCAGAGAUUGUAGCAGCUGAUGAAAACUUCUAACUGUAUCAUUGGAGAUGUCAAACCUUUUCAUUGACAACUGAGUUAUUGUACAGUAUAUUGAGAUGCUACUGAAGUAUAUAGUUUACUUCUAUAGUGAUUGAAUAGUGUCUUUAAAAAAAGAGGAAAAAUAAUAUGGAUGACAAAACUUUAGAACAGUGGUGCACAGCUAUGCACCUGGAUUUAUACAGAGGUCUGCUUGUUAAAGGAGUGCCUCAUGACCUAACAGAUAAGGACAUUGAAAAUGUCUUACAUAAUGCAAUAAGUGUUUUGGGAAAAUGUCAAGUACUGACCAGACGAUAUGAAGAGACAGAUAUCACCUUGUCUGUUUUCUGUAAAUUGUCUGAACCGAUAGACCAUUCUAAAAUCCCUAGUACGAUUACAGUAGGAGAGAAUACUUGGAAACUUGUCAUUAGACCUCCCAAUGAGGAAGAAGAGAUAGAAAGAAAGCUUAAGACUGUUCUGCAAAGGGAAGGAUUGUCUGAAGAUGAUGUGAGACAUGUGUAUGGAGGGAAGUCCAGACUGGAAGAAAGUGAGGAGGCUGAAUCCGAGCCAGAAGAAGAAUCUCAAUCUGAAAAAUUAAGAAGUUUCUCCGGGGAACAUCCAUGUCCUCCUGGAGAAGAACCUUAUGACUCUUGGAUAAAACAUGCCACAGAAAUAGUAAAGCAAUGGAAAGUGAAUGAUACAGAAAAACAGAAAAGACUAAUGGAUAGUCUAAAGGGACGAGCAUUUGAACUCAUACGUAUUUUGAAAUUACAGACCCCUGAUGCUACUUUAUUAGAAUGUCUGCAAAAGUUAGAUAAGCAAUAUGGUAGUACAGAAACUCCACAACAAGCUUAUGUCCAGUUUCUUACGACCUUUCAGCGUAAGGGAGAGAAACCCUCUGAGUUUGUUGGGAGAGUGGACAAACUGUUACAGAAUUUAGUUGUUAAGGGAUCCGUGAAGCCCAGUGAAGUGGAUGCUAUUAGAUUGGCCCAAGUAGCUUCUGGACUUUUAGAUGAUGGAGACCUACAAGUACAAAUAAUUAAAUUGGAAAAAGAGAAACAGCAGAUUAAAUAUCAGGAUCUCAUGGCAAUAGUGAAAUUGUAUGAGAACAGACUCGAUUGUGGAGACAGAAGUCUACAACCCAGCAGAAUGCUUACUGAAACCUCUUCUCAGGUAUCAUCCAUGGAAACAAGAAUAGAACCAAAUCACUCUCAGUUAAGCAUGAAGACUGACACUCAUAGAUUGCCCAGUGAAAAAUGGAAUGCUGAUCAGUACCACUCUUCCCAGAAAGAAGACAAGGGAUUGUGGGGGCAAAGAUCAAACAGGCUUGAAGCUAGAACAUGGCCAGUAGAGCAGAGGCAGAAAGGUCUGGGAAUAUUCUGCUGUAACUGUGGCCUAGAUGGGCAUGCAAAUACCAGAUGCACCCAAAAAGCAAACAUAGAAUUGGUUAAACAGAAGUUGAUGUCCACCAGACUGCCUUCUAUCCAUAAAGAUGAUGGAUCUGGAGAUAGAAGUUAUCCUAGAUCCCAAAGACCCUAAGAUAGAACUCAUUGACUGCUGUACCUGGGAAUCUUUCACAAAAGACUGCCAUCAGUAGAGGUGAACUUUGUUGUAAUUUGCCUUGUCCUGGUGGUCCCAGGUUGAUAAGCAACAGGAACAACCACAUGCAGAAGAACUAAGAAGGAAUCUGAAGGACUCAAAUUUUGUCCCCAAGAAGUCCCCUUACUGUUGAGAGAAUGACAGAAGUUGGAGCUAUAGAAUAGAAUAAUAUUAUUAUAACCAUAUAACAUAACAAACUGUAACACUGAAUGCUAUAUAGGAAGCAGUGGGUGCUGCUCAUGACAGGCACCCAGUAACCAAGUUUAGUUAGCUACAACAUUCUAGAGAAAAUGGAAGAAGGUGAAUAUUUAUGUCAUCAGAUGACAUAAAUACAUCAGAUGCAUUGAGUAUAACAUGUUAUAUUUACAAAUAUAAUCUAAAUAUUAUGUUCUAUAUUGUUAAUGUUUUGUUGUUUAUGCUUAGUUAUAUUGUUAUGUAGUUAUAUGCUUCAUUGAUAUAUAAUAUGCAUAUUUUAUUAUAUGUGCUAAUUGCAGUGUUACAGUUGUAAUAUUGUAUUAUUUAUGCUAGGUGUUACAUGUUACAUGGAAUUUAUAUUUUGUUUUAAAUGUCUGCACUGGCAUGUGUUCUGUUUAGAAGUGCUUAUUUGCUUUAUAGGCUAUAUAGAACAGUUGUAAUAAUUUCACAUAAAUAUCUUCUGAUGUUUACUGUGCUAUAAAUUAAAUGUAUUAGAAAUGUUAUGCAUAUGCCCAGGUAAUUUGCAAGUAUAUUAUUGGAAGCAGGGGGAAAUGGAGAAUAGAUUAAAGAAGCUACACCUUCUGUUUCAUCAGGCUUCGCAAAAGAGAGGCUUUUUAAUCACAUCCCCCCAGUGGAUGCGAUGUGUGAAGAAGCUAGUUAACAACUUCGCUGGAAUAGAGAUAUGAACAACAGCUAUAUCAAGUGGAAAUCAGCUAAGAUAGAACAUCAUGAAGGAACCAGUGAAAUUCAAAGUCUGGCUGAAAGCAGAUCUAAUGUCAGUAAAAGUUGCAAAGAUGUGAGUUGUUCCUCCAUACAUGACCUGAAUAGACAUCCUCCUUCCAUGUACUGAUAAUCCACACACAUUUCCUAUAAAGGUCUCCCUCUCAUCAAGGAGUAUAUAACAUUCAUAGGAGAAUGAAUUCAGUAUUUAUGGGGAAAAUGUUAUGUCUUUUAUUUACAUUGCUACUUAAUUAAAAGCCUAUGAUAAAGGUAAAACAUGUCAAUAGGAAUUUUUUAGCAGUAGUUUGGAGAGAAUUCUGACUCACAAAAUACCCAGGACCUAUAAGCUGGAUCCCAAAGUCAGGACAUGUGUGUGAAUACACAAGAAUUUCCACUUCAAAAUAUCAAGAGAGUAAAGGAAAAAAAAAAAAAGGUUAAUCCAACUCUAGCCUCUGAACAUACACAGUGAUUAGGAACCCCUUACUUCACAAGAUAAGUCUUCUAUUGUUGGGGAACAAAAUUCUAACAUCAACAUAAAAAUCUGCUUCAACUCCUUGGUGCUAUAGUAUUGUCUUCUGGAACUAUACCCAUCUUAGUUUCUAAAUAUUUGUCCCUUUUAAAAUGGAACACCAAGAAACCAACAUCAUACUCUUACCAGUGAAGAGCCUUGUAGUUAUCUCCAUUCAUCUGGAUAUUGUGUUUUUUGUUAAUAAAGACUUUAAGAUUCUG